AUGGCGCCGAAACAACAGCGCUAUAGUAUCAAGGAGAAGCGUGAAGGCGCGCAGCUCGCAAUUCAAGUCGGCGUCGACGAGGCUGCGCACCAGCUCGGGCGACCCCGCGGAACUUUGUUCGGAUGGUGGAAGCAAGCCGACAGGCUUUUCGCUUUCCGCGGAAACUCGCGUUCGCCAACUCUGAAGGGGCAGGGACGCAAGGAAAUAUUUCCUAGCGUCCCAGCCCUUGUUGCAUUUAUGAAGGACACGCGCAGAGACGAAAAGGCUCUAUCGACGCAUGCAAUGAUCGACUACAUGUGGCUACUAGAGCCUGAGUGGUGUGCAAGCUACAUGGACAGCCACAAAAGCCCUGAGCAGUCGCUAGAAAAAAUGUGUCAACGCAUUUGCAAACGUUACGACUUCACGUCUCAAAAACCCCAAGAAGCCAAGCUUCCGACAGUGGAGCUGCUCGAGAAACGCGCUGAGUUCUCCAUUGAACUUUGGAACAAGUACUCGACGUGGUGCCCUACGACACUCUUUAACGUGGAUGAAACGGCUAUCAAUUUUGAUAUGCCGCCGACACGUUUUUGGGCUGUCAAAGGCCGCAAGGACCCUGCCCGAAUUACCAAGAUGACGAAGCACACUGGCCGAAUGACAGCAGUUCUUACUGUUCGCGGUGAUGGUACGUUUUUUCUUGCUUUAACAAUUCUGAAACUGGGUAUUUUAUGCUAA